AGAGACGGACGGCGCGUGCGCAGUGCGAGCCGUGCCGAGCCGUGCCGGGAGCCGAGGAUCCAGCCGCCCGGACUAUGGCGGAGGAGGUGAGCACGCUGAUGAAGGCCACGGUGCUGAUGCGCCAGCCGCGGCGCGUGCAGGAGGUGAUUUCUGAUUUUGACAUGACCUUGAGCAGGUUUGCAUGUAAUGGACAGAGAUGCCCUUCUUCCCACAAUAUUCUGGAUAACAGCAAGAUCAUCAGUGAAGAGUGUCGGAAAGAGCUCUCGGCCCUUCUUCACCACUACUACCCCAUUGAGAUCGACCCCCAGCGGACCAUCAAGGAGAAGUUGCCGCAUAUGGUGGAGUGGUGGACCAAAGCGCACAACUUGCUGUGUCAGCAGAGGAUUCACAAGUCUCAGAUAGCGCAGGUGGUCCAAGAUUCCGCUGCAAUGCUCAGGGAGGGAUAUAAGACAUUCUUCAACACACUACAUCAAAACAACAUUCCCCUUUUCAUCUUUUCGGCGGGCAUUGGUGAUAUCCUGGAAGAAAUCAUUCGGCAAAUGGGCAUGCUCCACUCCAACAUUCACAUUGUGUCUAACUACAUGGACUUUAAUGAAGAGGGUUUUCUACAAGGAUUCAAGGGCCAGCUCAUCCACACCUACAACAAGAACAGCUCUGUGUGUGAGAACUCCAAUUACUUCCAGCAACUGCAGGGCAAAACCAACAUCCUCCUGCUUGGAGACUCUAUGGGGGACCUCACUAUGGCGGACGGGGUUCCUGGUGUACAGAACAUCCUCAAGAUUGGCUUCUUGAAUGACAAGGUGGAAGAACGGCGGGAGCGCUACAUGGACGCCUAUGACAUCGUGCUGGAGAAGGAUGAGACCCUGGACGUGGUCAACGGGCUGCUACAGCACAUCCUGAGCCCAGGGGACCACAUGGAGAUGCAGGGCUCCUGAGGGGGCAGGCCGUGACAAACAAGGGAAGCUUCCCCACGAGGCCACUUCAUCAUGAUUCCAAAGGAAAGUUCAGGGCAGCCCAGAGUUACUGAGCUCUUGUUCAUCCCUGCCCGCUCCCCCCUGACUUUGCUUUCCUCCUGGUCACAGGGGGCUUUAAGGGAGGCCCUGCUGGGUGGGAGGGCACCACAUACUGUUCUUGAUAACCAGCAACCACCGCAUGUGACUGUUUUAUGUAUCCUCUAGUCUAGAGAUUCUUUGGAAAAGAAAA